UCCGCCAAACAGACCCCAAAAGCCGCCCCACAGUUGCGUUGCUUCCCACCAAAAACAAUGGCCGCCAUUUUGUCUCACUCUCACCUCUCCUCCGUUCGAUCCUCCGAUGCAGCGUCUCUCUCUUCUUCUUCUUCUCUCUCCGGCUACAAUUUCCGGCAGUCCCUACAUUUCGCCUCCCCCUCCGCGCCUUCUCCGUCCAGUCUGCCGGCUCUCCGUCGCCGAAUCUCUCUCCAGGCCUCCUCUGCUAUUUCAUCGCCUUUGAAUUCCGUGGAUGGAAAAGAACAAUCAGAGCUUAAAGAUUUUCUCCAUAUUAGUGACUUUGACAAAGCCACCAUACUGAAGAUCUUAGAUCGUGCCAAAGAGGUGAAGGCUCUGAUACAAUCAGGGGAGAAAACAUAUCUUCCAUUCAAAGGGAAAACCAUGGCAAUGAUCUUUGCCAAGCCAUCCAUGAGAACACGAGUAUCAUUUGAGACUGGAUUUUUCUUGCUUGGAGGUCAUGCUUUAUAUUUGGGACCAGAUGAUAUCCAAAUGGGUAAGCGGGAGGAAACUCGUGAUGUUGCCCGUGUGCUUUCUCGUUAUAAUGAUAUCAUUAUGGCACGCCUAUUUUCUCAUCAGGACAUUCUAGAUUUGGCUAAACAUGCAACCGUACCUGUAAUCAAUGGGUUGACAGAUUACAACCAUCCUUGUCAAAUAAUGGCUGAUGCACUCACAAUAAUCGAACACGUUGGUCAGCUGGAAGGAACAAAGGUCGUGUAUGUUGGGGAUGGAAACAACAUUGUUCAUUCUUGGCUGUUAAUGGCAUCAGUUAUUCCUUUCCAUUUUGUCUGUGCCUGCCCCAAAGGAUUUGAACCGGAUGCAAAGACUGUUGAGAAGGCAAGGAAGGCUGGAAUCAGCAAAAUUGAGAUAACAAAUGAUCCAAAGGAAGCUGUUAGAGGAGCUGAUGUUGUAUAUUCAGAUGUGUGGGCCAGCAUGGGGCAAAAGGAGGAAGCCGCUCAUCGCCGCCAAGUGUUCCAAGGAUUCCAGGUGGAUAAAACUCUAAUGCAACUAGCUGGUCCAAAAGCAUAUUUUAUGCAUUGUUUGCCAGCAGAGAGAGGAGUGGAAGUUGCAGAUGAAGUCAUUGAAGCUCCGAAUUCCAUUGUGUUCCCCCAAGCGGAGAACCGAAUGCAUGCUCAGAAUGCAGUAAUGCUUCAUGUCCUUGGCUUGUAAAUAUGCGUCGUCCUCUUCCUUUGAUGAUGAUUCUGAGAGGCUCCGCCUUGGAAUGUAACUCAAUCCGAGCAGUUGAGUCUGUAUUUUGUGUUCUGUCUCAUGCCAAAGGCAUGAAUCAUCAAUAUUGGACUUUGAAAUGAACCAUUCCUAUUCCAAGGAUGCUCACUGCAACUACUGUGAGUUCUUUCAUGAAAUUGCAGCUUUGCUUUUGAGAAAUAAAAGGCCGUAGAUUCACAGUA